ACGAACAGUCAGCAAUCGUGUGUUCAACAUGAAGGCAUUCAUAGUUCUCGCUUUGGCCAUCGCUGCCGUCUCUGCUGAGGUGGCCGACCAGGUCCACCCCAAGGAUCUGCCCAAAUCCCUUAAAAUCGAGGGACGCAUUACCAAUGGCUACCCAGCCUAUGAGGGCAAGGCACCCUACACCGUCGGCCUGAGCUUCAACAAUGCCUGGUGGUGCGGUGGCUCCAUCAUUGCUCACGACUGGGUGCUGACUGCUGCUCACUGCACCAACGGUGCCGGCUCUGUGACCAUCUUCUACGGUGCUACCUGGCGUACCAACGCCCAGUUCACCCACUCGGUUGGCAGCGGCAACAUCAUCCAGAACCACAACUGGCCCAACGAGAACGGCAACGAUAUCGCUUUGAUCCGUACUCCUCAUGUGGACUUCUGGAGCAUGGUCAACAAGGUUGAGCUGCCCAGCUACAACGACCGCUACAACAUGUACGAUGGCUGGUGGGCUGUUGCCUGCGGCUGGGGUGGCACCUAUGAUGGCUCUCCUCUGCCCGAUUGGCUCCAGUGCGUCGAUUUGCAGAUCAUCAGCAACAACCAGUGCUCCCAAGUCUAUGGAUACCAACCCGAUGGUAUUCUCUGCGUUGCCACUCCUGAUGGCAAGUCUACUUGCCAGGGUGACUCCGGUGGCCCAUUGGUGCUCCAUGACGGCAACAAACUGGUUGGUGUUACCUCCUGGGUGUCCGGCUCUGGCUGCCAAUCUGGCGCUCCAUCUGGUUUCACUCGUGUUACCGCUCACCUUGACUGGAUUCGCGACAACUCCGGCGUCGCUUACUACUAAGCAUUAAUUUUAAAUUAAAUAUAAUAUCUAUGAACAAUA